AUGUUCUUCAACAUCUUCACCAAGAAGACUUCCAGUUCCACAGCCAAAGCCAACAACACCCAAGCGUCCAACGACGCUCCCACUGGCCAGAGAGACCGUCCUCUUGAUGAAGAUGAAGAGCUUCUUCGUCUUCGAGGAGGGGCAAAAACAAGAGCAGCACCCCCCACCACCGCGCCGGUCAUGCACAUCGCAGCCAUGGCCAUGCCCAUCAUGACGCUCAUACGGCAGCAACACACAUGUCGACGAGCGGGGGUGGCGUAUAUAGCGGUGGAGGAGGAAUGA